UUGGAGGGAUUAAAAAGAGCGGAGACAAACAACAGAAAGACAAAAAAUAUAGAGGAAAAAGACAAAUACGUAACUAUGGCGGACAAAAUCGGUUCUGAGGACAAAGAGAAGUCGUUGUAUUUGGUACAAAUUCGGUAUCUGGAUGAGCAGUUGGAGAGAUGCCAACUUAAGUGUGGCGAGCUGGAGAAGCAGAACAAGGACCUCGCCUCUCUGUACGCCGCGCUGGAGCAGGACAAGGAGGACAUCACGGAAUACCUGAAACGCUCCGUGGCUGCAAAGGAGAAGAGGUCGGAGGAGCUGGUUGAGCAGCUGGAGAGUGAGCGGCAGGCUGCCGAACAGGACAGAGAGGCCCUGAGGCUGCGGCACGGGCAGGAGAUGCAGGAGCUUCAGGAGCGGGCUGACGAACUCAACUCAGUGAGCACGAUGCAGGUGGCGAAGUUGGAGGAGCAGAAGGAGCAGCUGCUGCAGCUGACGCAGCAGUUGUCUGGCAUGAAGUCUCUGGAGAAGACGCUGGUCAGUCAGAAGGAGGAACAUGAAGCUGCCGUCCAGAGCCUGAUGAUGGACGCAAUGUUGGAGUGGGAGAAGUUGAUUGAGGACAGACGGAACACAGUGGACGACGUCAUUCAGACGAGGACCUCAGACAUUCUUCUGGAGGAGAGGGCUCAGGAUGGCGAGGAGGAGGUCCAGGACUUGCUCAAGGAGUACAUGGCUCUAUGGAAAGAGAAAAACGCCCUGCAAGGAAAGGAGAUUUAUCUUUGCUUCAACGUAGAGAAAUUGAGGGAGGAUCUCACCAAGGUUACCCAGGCGAUCCUGACCCAAAAGACGGAGGCAGAGCAGCUGACGAAGAAGUGGCAGCAGCAGAAGGGGAAGCUGAAGGACUGGAGCAUCACCCGUGAGCGCACGCUGGCCGAGGAGGAGGCUCUCCGACAGCGCCUGGCCUCGGUGUCCGAGGAGCGCCGUCAAAAGACAGACGAGGUGGGUCGGCUGAGGGCGGAGCUACAGAAUGAGAGGAGCAGGAGGUGGCAGCUGGAGGGCCACAUGCAGGAAGCAGCCACCAUUCUCAGACACAUCCCGACGGACUCAGAGGAGGCGUCUGAGACUCAGUGGAAGAUGCACCUGCUGCUGGAGAUCCUGGAGAGCACCGCCCCCCAGGGAACAGGCUCCCUCCCCAACAACCCCACUGAGAAGAGCGGUGGAGGACAGAAACCUCAGACCUCGGGCCCCACACCAGCAGGAGCAGAAACCCUGAACCUAGACACGGAUCCACUGUUCCUGCUGGCCCGCUACAGGCCGGGCGACCUCGGCCUCGUACCUCGACCCACAUGGAAGCACAAACCAGGGAUCUCCAGGAUGGGUGCUCAGUCCACCAGAACCCAGCUUCCUCCCAGCAGGUUUGGUAUGACGCAGAAUCUAAACAUCGGGGGGGGGGCAGUGUUGAGUCAAAUCACUUUUUCCCGUGUGAAAAUGUGUUAUCAUUCUGCAUUACAGUCGGCCAAGAACUACGUUUCUCCCUUGACCGAUCUGUUCUCAUAGAGGUUGCUUACAGUAUAAAUGGCAAAACCAUUAGCAACAAAAACCCCGGACGCCAGAUUGUUUUGGCGUCCUGAUCCUUCAGGGGAGCGGAGACAGAUUCACGUCUCUGUUCGAAGCUGAAAAAGGACCCACUCGCCAAAUUUAAAGGUGUAGUCAGAAAGUAAAUUAUUGCACCAUGGUGGUAAAAGAAAUGUACUAACGCAGGACAAAUCCAGCCUUUUGAAAAGC